CAACAUUACGAUUCAAACCAACUGUUUGAAUCAUUGUACACUGUUAAAUUGUGCGAGUGGUGUUUUGACAGCCGUAUCGUGUGUCGCUCGCCUGACAGUCGAGUCGGUUUGACAUUUGUUAUUACAUAAACAAACGCAGACAUAACAAAUAGAGUUUUUUUUAUCAUUAGAAAAUUCGUUCAUUCAUUUAGGUUCAAAAAUUUUUUCUAGAAAAUGCAAUCGUCUAAAUUGUUAUUAAAAUUGGAAAAAUUCGCCCACUUCCAUAGUGUCCGCCGUUUCAUAAGUAAUCAAUUUGUGCCGAAGCAUCAGCCAGCUGGUCCGAAUGAUGUACAAAAAUUGGAAAACUUUCUCAGGGAUAAGCAAAAUGUGUUAGUUCUGACUGGAGCAGGCAUAUCGACUGAAUCAGGAAUUCCUGAUUAUCGUUCAGAGGGUGUUGGACUGUAUGCUCGGAGUAAUUCAAAGCCAGUGCAACAUUUGGAGUUCAUUCGAUCGCCUAAAGUGCGUCGACGAUAUUGGGCGCGAAACUUUGUAGCAUGGCCGCAUUUUUCGAAUAUUCAGCCAAAUGAUACGCACAAAGCGUUGGCUCGCCUACAGCAUAACGGCCAAAUUGGUUCAAUUGUCACACAAAACGUGGAUCGGCUACACACAAAAGCUGGCAGCAAAGAUGUAUUGGAAUUGCAUGGAUGCGGUUAUAAAGUGAUUUGUUUAGGUUCGCAUUGCGACUAUUCAAUCGACAGACAUGAGCUGCAGUUGAUUUUAAAUUCGAUGAAUCGAAAUUUGAUGGAACGAAUUGAUUUUAUGCGACCGGAUGGUGAUGUUGAUAUACCACAGGAAUACAUAGACUCGUUCAAAGUACCCGAUUGCCCAAACUGCGGUGGCAUGUUAAAACCUGAAAUUGUAUUCUUCGGUGACAACGUACCAAAGCAACGUGCCGAGAGACUAGCGAAUUUGGUGUGCAAUAGCGAUGCGCUCCUAAUCCUUGGCUCAAGUAUGCAAGUAUACUCAGGCUAUCGAAUUUUGUUACAUAGUCACGAUUUGGGAACUCCAAUCGCAAUUGUAAAUAUCGGAAGUGUUCGCGGUGAAGACAAAGCCCAAUUGAAAAUUUCAACCAAAUGCGGCGAUGUUAUACCCAAGCUAUUUGUAUCCAAUUAAAAAAAAUAAAACACAUUUUUUUUUACCAAAAGAAAACAAA